AUGUCCAGAGACGCAAGACACCUCGAUGCAGGGCAUGAAAACCUUGCCAUCAACAACACUCGCAUCCGCCGCUUCCUUACUCUUGUUGCCCUCAAGACUACCGCACGGUUCUUUCGUCGCCAGGGCGCUUGCGUUCCUAUUUCGAGACGCUUAAUCGUCAAGUCGGAUGCCUUUGUCGACUUGACAGAAGGAGCGACAAUGAGAUUUAUCGCCGACAACACCUCGGUCCCUAUACCCAAGGUCUGGUGCUCCUUUGUACGCAAUGGACGCGUAUACCUUGUCAUGGAGAGAAUACGAGGCGAUUGCAUCGCGAAAGGAUGGGAUGAUCGAUCCAAAGAAUCCAAGGACAAGCUCUUGGCGCAGUUGAAGCUCAUGGUGGAAGAAAUUCGCUCACUUCAGCCUCGCCCUGACGCGGGGGUCGAGAGCUGUGUUGGCGGGUCGUUAUUCGAUAGCCGGAUGCCCCGUCCAGAUCGCCGCUUCGGCCCUUUCCAAUCCAUACAAGAGUUUCACUUGUGGCUGAGGGACAACUUGCGGCCCUCGGAAGCCGAGAAGCCUGAGCAGGCGGCUGAGCAAGAUUGGAAGGAUGUCAAGGACAUGGCCGCUCGACAGGACGGGCCUUGGCCUCGGCCAGUCUUCACGCACGGUGAUUUGAACCCAUGUAAUAUAAUUGUCCGAGGGGAUAAAGUGGUUGGCAUCAUUGACUGGGAAUUUUCUGAUAUUGAGAACAGAGUGGCAGGAUCUGCUCAGCAGCUUCUUGGAGCCAUUCCCAGAGGAGUUGGAGAUGGAAAGGACUCGGCAGAGGUGGUGGGGAGAGAUCUGAGCAAGUGCGCCACCGGAGUCCUCCGAACGGAUGCAAAGCAAGCAGACACCAAUACACAAGCACCACCCCAUGUCUUGGAAAAGGGAGUGCUAUACUACUUCAUCCGUGGCCGGGUUGGUAUCGAUGAACCCAAGUCCAUCGACGACAUCGCAAGAGGAUAUCUCAUCCUUCGGCCCAUCCCCGACGACGCAAAGCUCCACGGUGCACUUCCCACGUCAGCCACAGCCAGACUUAUUGCCCUGCCAAAGAAGGCGCUACCUGCAGGCCCAAAGGACAGAUUCAUGGCGUUUGUCGAAAAAUCCCACGCGUCGUAUGACGAACUUGGCGAGAAGUUUCUAAAGGGAGGGGUUUACGAGACCAAGACGGCGGGACGGCGUCAAUCUCCCGAUGCAACGCCCGUAGGGGAAGGCGUGUAUGUUCUUACGACGACGGGGCGCGAGAGUCACCUUUCGUACAUGGCAACUCUGCCCCAGGAGCUGGGUGAGCUGCAGAUGCGCUGUGAUUCAACGACAAGGGAGGUUUCACCAUCAGUAGCAGGAAUCCGACGUACAAGGGCCCGUCGUCUGCACAGUUGCCACAGGACCCAGAGUAUCCUCAGUCGUGAGGUACUUGACAAGUUCGGGGACUUGCGCCAGGUGGGAGCGCAGCCCGAGUUUAUGAAUUAUCCCCGCGCGCAAAUUUUGCUGAUUGGACACAAGACGGGGCUUGGUGAGGAGGACAAGAAGGUUGAAGAUGGGGAGGAUCCGGUCAAGACGUUGGGUCAGCUGGAAAAGGACGACCUUGACAGGAUGCAGCAUUUAUCGCCGGAUGAGUCGGAUGCAAUCUAUGCGGAUUUGCAUAGCAGGAAGAUGGCGCACCCGGAGAUUCAAAGCGACCUUGGCGGUUAG